AUGGUUGUGAAAGUGGACAUAUCGUCUGGCAACCGUAUUAGCUUUGAGGCCACAGCAUUCACUUUCUUCAUCAUCCUUCUAAUUUGCCUCAUUUGCAUCCUCCUUUUAUUGGUGGUUUUUUUAUAUAAAUGUUUUCAAGGCAAGAGAGAAGAGACAGAAAAAAUUCCUUGCUCAGAUGCUAACGGAGGUGAAGAGUGUUCGCCUGCUAAUGUGGAGAAUAAUACAGGAGGCCAAGAAAAGGUCAUAAUGGAAAUCAUGGGCAUGAAUGCACCAGUGAGGCACAGCAUUCUUGUCCAGAGACGGAAUAAGGAAGCGGUGGCCACAUCCUUAGAAAACAGAGAGGACAUGGAGGCACAGGAGGGAGACAAAAUGAAAAAGAAGCAAGUGUCUGGGAAUGCUGGAGAAACUGAUCAAGAGGGUGAAAAGUUGAAGAUAACACACCUACCUCUCAAUAGAGUUUCUUCAGAUGUUGAAAACUCAAAAAGACCUUUAAAAGGAGUGACAUUUUCUAGGGAAGUAAUUGUCGUGGAUCUUGGUAAUGAAUACUCUGCACCUCGAAGUUACACUCGAGAACAUAAAGAGAGAAAAUGA